AUGGCGCAUAGGGCGCCGAGCGGGCGGGCCCCGGCUGCGGCUCCGGCUCCGUCCCGGCGGCUGGCGCGGAGGGUCCUCGUCCUCUUCACGCUGUCGCUCUCCUGCUCCUACCUCUGCUACAGCCUCCUCUGCUGCUGCGGCGGCCCCGCCGCGCCCCGCGCCCGCUGCGCGCCCGCCCGCAGCGCCGCCGCCGCCAAGAAACUUCUGCAGAAGUCGCGGCCGUGCGGGCGGCCGCCCCCCGCCGAGCCCCCCGGCAGCGCCGCGCCCGCCCGCCGCCCGCGGGAGCCCCCCCCGCCGGCCGGCAGCCCCCCGGGGCCGGGCCGCCCGGGCGCCAAGCGCCUGCCGCAGGCCAUCGUGGUGGGCGUCAAGAAGGGCGGCACCCGCGCCGUGCUGGAGUUCAUCCGGGUGCACCCCGACGUGCGGGCCCUGGGCACCGAGCCCCACUUCUUCGACAGGAACUACGACCGCGGGCUGGAGUGGUACAGGAGCCUGAUGCCACGAACGCUCGACAGCCAGAUCACGGUGGAGAAGACCCCCAGCUACUUCGUCACCAAGGAGGCACCACGGCGGAUCUUCAACAUGUCCCGGGACACGAAGCUGAUCGUGGUGGUGAGGAACCCUGUCACCCGGGCCAUCUCGGACUACACGCAGACGCUCUCCAAGAAGCCGGACAUCCCCACCUUCGAGGGGCUGUCCUUCCGCAACCGCAGCCUGGGGCUGGUGGACACCUCCUGGAAUGCCAUCCGCAUCGGGAUGUACGCCGUGCACCUGGAGAGCUGGCUCCAGUACUUCCCGCUCUCCCAGAUCCACUUUGUCAGUGGGGAGAAGCUGAUCACGGACCCAGCCGGGGAGAUGGGCAAAGUCCAGGACUUCCUGGGCAUCAAACGGGUUAUCACGGACAAGCACUUCUACUUCAACAAGACAAAAGGCUUUCCUUGCCUGAAAAAGUCGGAGAGCAGCGGCUUGCCUCGCUGCCUGGGCAAGUCCAAAGGCAGGACUCACGUGCAGAUAGACCCCGAGGUGAUCGAGCAGCUUCGGGACUUUUAUAGACCUUAUAAUAUCAAAUUCUAUGAAACAGUCGGGCAGGACUUCAGGUGGGAAUAAGCGUCUGGGAGCAGAGCUCUGGUGACGUGAGGCUGCAGUCUUCCAUG